CCGCCGGUCGCUACAGUCGGGCUCGCGCUAGUGGGGUUAGGUGCGCGCUUCAGUCGUGUGCUCUUGCACGGCUACAACUCGAACGAACUGAAUCACAAACAAACGAAUUUGAUUCCGAAUCACCGCCGGGUUUUCGUUGAUUUUUCAUAAAUCGCGAGCGAUCGCUAAGAUAGCAACGCUGUGUUCACUAACAAAAACGCAUCGAAUAUGAUGACCGACCAGUACAACAGCGGCGACGCUGGGUAUACCGAUGGAUACAUGGAGCAGGAAGAAGAAUGGGAACGGGAAGGUCUUCUUGAUCCCGCCUGGGAAAAGCAACAGAAGAAGACAUUUACUGCUUGGUGUAACAGUCAUCUGAGGAAAGCAGGCACUGGCAUUGAUAACAUCGAGGAGGACUUCCGCAAUGGCCUCAAACUCAUGCUUCUUCUGGAGGUCAUCUCCGGCGAGACGCUGCCGAAGCCCGACCGCGGCAAGAUGCGUUUCCACAAAAUCGCUAACGUUAACAAGGCCCUCGACUACAUUGCCGGCAAAGGCGUCAAACUGGUCUCCAUUGGUGCUGAAGAAAUCGUCGAUGGCAACCUCAAGAUGACGCUGGGUAUGAUCUGGACUAUUAUCCUGCGUUUUGCUAUUCAGGAUAUCUCCGUUGAAGAAAUGACCGCCAAGGAAGGUCUGUUGCUCUGGUGCCAGCGCAAGACUGCACCUUACAAGAACGUGAACGUGCAGAACUUCCAUCUGUCCUUCAAGGAUGGUCUGGCCUUCUGCGCCCUCAUUCACCGACAUCGCCCAGAUCUCAUUGAUUACAGCAAACUGUCCAAGGAUAACCCGUACGAGAACCUAAACACUGCCUUUGACGUCGCGGAGAAGUACCUCGACAUUCCUAGGAUGUUGGAUCCUGACGACUUAAUCAACACUCCUAAGCCCGAUGAACGCGCAAUUAUGACUUAUGUGUCAUGCUAUUAUCAUGCGUUCCAAGGAGCGCAACAGGUAGAGUUAGAGAAUACCGCCAUGCCCGACGAACGAGCUGUUAUGACAUAUGUAUCGUCGUACUACCAUUGUUUUUCUGGCUUGAAAAAGGCGGAAACUGCAGCCAACAGAAUCUGCAAAGUCUUGAAAGUCAACCAAGAAAAUGAGCGUCUUAUGGAAGAGUACGAACGCUUGGCUAGCGACCUCCUUGAGUGGAUUCGUCGCACCAUGCCAUGGUUGGGCUCACGUCAAACCGACAACUCGUUGGCUGGUGUUCAGAAGAAGUUGGAGGAAUACCGCACUUACCGACGCAAGCACAAGCCACCACGUGUAGAACAGAAGGCUAAGUUGGAAACGAAUUUCAACACCCUUCAAACUAAAUUGCGUCUUUCGAAUCGCCCUGCUUACAUGCCAACUGAGGGCAAAAUGGUUUCUGACAUUGCCAAUGCAUGGAAAGGUUUGGAAACAGCCGAGAAGGCUUUUGAAGAAUGGCUCUUGUCGGAAAUGAUGCGAUUGGAACGUUUGGAGCAUUUGGCUCAGAAGUUCAAGCACAAGGCCGAUGCCCACGAAGAAUGGACCCGUGGCAAGGAAGAGAUGCUGCAAAGCCAGGACUUCAGGCAAUGCCGUCUCAACGAACUAAAGGCCUUGAAGAAGAAGCACGAGGCCUUUGAAUCUGAUCUGGCCGCCCAUCAAGACCGCGUCGAACAAAUUGCCGCUAUUGCUCAAGAACUCAACACAUUGGAUUAUCACGAUAGCGUCAGCGUGAAUGCUCGCUGUCAACGCAUCUGCGACCAAUGGGACAGGCUCGGCGCGUUGACUCAACGUCGUCGCCAAGCACUCGACGAAGCCGAAAAGAUUUUGGAGAAGAUCGACAUCUUGCACUUGGAGUUUGCCAAACGUGCUGCUCCUUUCAACAACUGGUUGGACGGUACUCGCGAAGAUUUGGUUGACAUCUUCAUUGUACACACUGUUGAAGAAAUUCAAGGCCUUAUUGAUGCUCACUCUCACUUCAAGGCUACUUUGGGCGAGGCCGAUAGGGAAUUCCAAAGCAUUGUUGGUUUAGUUAGAGAAGUGGAGGCUAUUGUCAAGCAACAUCAAGUACCCGGAGGUUUGGAAAAUCCUUACACAACUCUCACAGCACAUGACUUGACCAGGAAAUGGGCUGAUGUAAGACAAUUAGUUCCUCAACGCGAUGCCACCUUGCAAGCUGAACUUAGGAAACAACAAAACAAUGAAAUGCUACGUCGUCAAUUCGCUGAAAAGGCCAACGCUGUUGGUCCAUGGAUCGAACGUCAAUUGGAUGCUGUAACUGCAAUCGGAAUGGGUCUCCAUGGAACUCUCGAAGAUCAAUUGCACCGUCUCAAGGAAUACGAACAGGGCGUCUACGCAUACAAGCCGCAUAUUGAAGAACUCGAGAAGAUCCAUCAAGCCGUGCAGGAAAGUAUGAUCUUUGAGAACAGGUACACGCAAUACACGAUGGAAACUUUGCGCGUCGGCUGGGAACAACUGCUGACCUCAAUCAAUCGCAACAUCAACGAAGUCGAAAAUCAAAUCUUAACUCGCGACUCCAAAGGCAUCACACAGGAACAGCUCAACGAAUUCAGAUCAUCUUUCAAUCACUUCGACAAGAACAGGACCGGUCGUCUCGCUCCUGAUGAGUUCAAGUCUUGUCUGGUAUCUCUUGGCUAUUCUAUCGGCAAAGACAGACAGGGUGACAUCGAUUUCCAGAGAAUUUUGGCUGUUGUAGAUCCAAACAGUUCAGGCUACGUGCACUUUGAUGCCUUCUUGGACUUCAUGACGAGGGAAAGCACCGAUACUGACACCGCCGAACAAGUUAUCGACAGUUUCCGCAUUUUAGCUUCUGAUAAGCCAUACAUCCUGCCAGAUGAAUUAAGAAGAGAAUUGCCACCAGACCAAGCGGAAUACUGCAUCCAGCGCAUGCCACCAUACAAGGGCGCCAACGCAGUGCCCGGCGCUCUCGACUACAUGUCCUUCUCAACGGCACUGUACGGCGAGUCCGAUCUUUAAGUGCGGUGCGCGCCACCCCAUUCAACUGUAAUUUAACAUAUUUUAAUCGAUUGUGGAUGCCAUUAGGGUUAAGCGAUUCAACUACUACUCCUAGAGCAAGAUCGAAAUCCUUAGCCUGCGUAAAACCCCUCAAAUUAUCCUCAAAAAUCAACACAAACACAAAAAUAAUUAAUUUAUUUUUAUUUACGCAAGUGAACCAAUCAUUCUUUGAAAUAUUAAUUUAUAUUAUCCAUAUUUAGUGUGCCCGGAAUGAUUGGUUCAUAAUUGAUAAUUCGAAGUAAUAUUAAGGCAAAGAAUUAAGUCUAUUGUGUAUUUAUUUAUUUUUUCUUUCUUUGGCUGCGUUUCGCUAUCGAAGAAACAGUCUAUGCGGAAGCAGCUUGAAACGAACAGAAUCACGUAUUUGAUUGAACAUCAAUCAAACUCUACGUACUGAAACAUGCGUACCGUAAUUCUACAAAUAUUUUUGUUUAUAAUUUUAAGUUUAAUGCUCUAAUAUUUUAUUUGUUUACUAUUUUAUUGUACAGUACAGUCGGUAGCUACAUAAUAAUGCUCUCUCUAUCUCUCUUCACACUAUUUUAUUUGUUCUUGGAAGCUGUUUUGUUAUUCUCAAUAAUUUUUAGUUUUCCUCGCAUACAUUUAUUAAUUUCACACAAACUGUAUAGUUUUCAUUAUUAUAUUAUUACUUAUAGAGCAUUUUAUGUUUGAGGUUGAAUUUAUUAUAAAUAUAGCGAUUAUUAUGUGAAACUUGAUAAAAUUGAAAACAAUAAUAUAUUUACGAGAACUUCGACGUUUUAUGGAAGAUGGCACCAAUGCCUCUUUGCGGGUGGCUUCAAAAGCUCAUUCGGUUGAAUAAAAAUUCAACGUCCCAAUAUAUAUCAAAGGAAGGAUUAAUUAAAGUAAUUAAUGAUACUUAUAUACAAUCAUACGAAAAUCUUAAGAGACAUAUUCAUUCAUGACAACUAUAUUUACUCGUCUUAUAGACACACCACGUAAACAUAACUAUGUCGAUAUAUUGUCACUUUAUAUAAUACACAAACAUACGACACAAAUAUAAAAUGAAAUUUUAUAUUCUCA